AUGUCUGGACCACAGAAGCACUCACGCGAGGCCUUCCUGAAGAUCUUUCCGUCCCUAGUCGAGGACAUCAAGCAGUCAGCUACACGGUACAAUGUGCCACAGAAUGCGCUGGACUGGCUCGAGAAGUCGGUCAAUGCCAACACUCCGACCGGAAAGCUCAAUAGAGGCAUGUCGGUACCGGACUCUGUCUCACAACUCCUCGGUCGUCCUCUAAGCGACGACGAAUUCCGUUUGUCUGCCACUCUUGGCUGGCUCACAGAACUCCUACAGGCAUUCUUCCUCGUCAGCGACGAUAUCAUGGACGGCAGCAUCACAAGAAGAGGAGAGCCGUGCUGGUAUCGACAGACAGGUGUCGGCAUGAUUGCGAUUAACGAUGCGUUCAUGCUCGAGUCCUCGAUAUUCCUGAUCCUCAAGAAGCACUUCCGUUCGCACCCAGCAUAUCUCGACCUAAUCGAGUUGUUCCACGAGGUGACAUGGCAGACCGAGCUCGGCCAGCUGUGCGAUCUCAUCACGGCACCAGAAGACAAUGUCGACUUGAACAACUUCAGUAUGGACAAGUACACUUUCAUUGUAAUAUACAAGACCGCAUACUACUCCUUCUACCUACCUGUUGCCCUGGCCCUACACUACCUUCAGCUUGCCACACCGGAGAAUCUCAAGCAGGCGCACGAUAUCCUCAUCCCGAUGGGUGAGUACUUCCAGAUCCAGGACGACUGGUUGGAUGCGUUCGGAGACCCCGCAGUCAUUGGCAAGAUUGGGACAGAUAUCAAGGACAACAAGUGCGGGUGGUUGAUCAACCAAGCCCUACAAAUUGUGACGCCUGAGCAGCGACGAUUGCUGGACGAGAACUACGGCCAGAAGGACGACGCCAAAGAGGCCAAGGUUAAAGAGCUGUACAACGAGUUGAAUUUGAACCAGAGAUACAAGGAUUAUGAAGAGAAGCGCGUUGGGGAGCUGCGGCAAUUGAUCUCGAAAGUGGACGAGUCGUCAGGACUGAAGCAAGGCGUUUUCGAGACAUUUCUCGCCAAAAUAUACAAGAGAGGAAGCUGA